CAACCCACAUCCACACCCCACUAGCGCAGAUCGGAUCCGUACCACCCCACCGGUGGCCAUGGCCGAUCUCCUCGAGCUCCAGGGCAGGCACGGCAAGUCCCGCGUCCGCGUCUCCCGCGUCUGGCGCCGCCCCGCGGCGGGCGGAGGCCACGUCAUCGUCGAGUGGAGCGUCGCCGUGAGCGUCGUCUCCGACUGCCUCCCCUCCUACACCUCCGACGACAACUCCGCCAUCGUCGCCACCGACUCCAUCAAGAACACCGUGUAUGUGAAGGCGAAGGAAUGUACGGAGGUGGUUUCCAUGGAGGAAUUCGCCGUGAUUCUGGGAAGGCAUUUCACCUCGCUGUACCCGCAGGUCUCAGAGGCCACGGUGACCAUCGUCGAGCGUCCAUGGGAGCGUGUGGUUGUCGAUGGGAAGCCUCAUUCCCACGGGUUCAAACUUGGUGUUGAGAAGCACAUUACAGAGGUCAUUGUGAAGAAGUCUGGAAACCUACUUAUAAAUUCUGGAAUCCAAGGAUACUCGUUGCUAAAGACAACUCAGUCUGGGUUCGAAAAGUUUGUGAGGGAUCGCUACACACUUCUUCCAGAUACAAGAGAAAGGAUUGUAGCAACAGAAGUAACUGCUUGGUGGAGGUAUCCUUUUGAGCAUGUUUUCCAGAUCCCGUCAAAGCCAUUCUGCUUCACACAAAGGUACCAGGACGUAAAGAAAGUUCUUGCAGACACGUUCUUUGGUCCUCCGGAUGUUGGAGUGUAUAGUCCAUCAGUGCAGAAUACACUAUACCUGAUGGCUAAGGAAGUUCUUAACAGGUUUCCGGAUAUAGCAUCUGUUCAGCUUAGGAUGCCGAACCUCCACUUUCUGCCUGUUAACUUAGGGAACAAAGAAAAUCCAGGAUUAGUGAAGUUUGCUGAUGAUGUCUACCUGCCGACCGAUGAACCACACGGGACCAUUGAAGCAACGGUGAGCCGUCCCAAGUCAAAGCUGUAAUUUAGCGAUCAAGGCUUACUUGGGAGGCUCUCGAUCUGGUUUCCAAGGUCAAGAGGAGAAAGGAACUGUGUGGCAACCCCUUGGAAAGGGGACAUAAAUAAAUAAACAGUAUGUGUUCAGCUAGAUGACUUGUACAUGGCCACUGGCCAGCAAGAGUUCGGCGGCCGUUGUAAAUCCUGAACUGUCUUGUUGUAUGAAACCUCUAAUGUCCCAACUUGCGUUGUUGAGAAAUGGAAGCUAGUAAAUGUUAUUUUUUUCUUA